GAAAGCUUGACUGUUACUGUGAAAAAAAAAUAUUUAAUCAUAUUGACAAAAUGUGCAAGUUUGCAAAUAGAGCAGAUGUAAAUAAAAGCACUUUUAAAAAAAAAUUAUUUAAAAAGUAUGGAAUGCAAAUUUUUUUAACUAAUUUUUUUUACUUCAUUUCUUUAUUAAUUGCUGUUUUUGAGUGUUUAUUUCUUAAUAAUAUUCUUUUAGAUACUAGUAAUGGAAAUACUCAUCUCAUUAGUAAUGAUAUAGCUAGACAUAUCGUAAAAACACUAGGUGACAUACUGUUGUAUGUAGUACCUUUUGUACUAACAUUAGUAAUUAUAUAUAUUCUUAUAAAAAUUAUAAAAUAUGAAAAGUUAAAAUCAAAAAAUGGUAAAAUGUCUGCAAAGGAAUGUUAUAGUUUGUUUAUGUAG